CGAGCACGCACAAGCAUUUUCGACCGGAGCCGCUAGUAAAUCCAGAAGAAAUGCUGGCCAAAAACACCUAGAGGGUGAGAGAAUCGAGAUGGAUAUUGAUGCUUCUGGUAUCGUCAGGGAAGAAGUGGACGGUGCAACUCUGGCACAACUAGAAGCAACUUCCACUUCUGCAACUAUGAAGGACACCUCCACUGUUCCACCUGUUGUAGGGCAGAAAGUACCAGCAUCUUCAUCCCUCCAGAGAACAUCCCUCCAGAGAACCUCAAGAAGGCUAGGAAAAGAAGCCCAGAAGCGGGAACUCGAUGACGAUGUAGCUGACGACGGAAACGAUGCCGUCAUAUUAUGACAAGAUCUGCUUUGCUAUAAUAUAAAGUUCUCUUAACUCUGUACCUGUAACACUGUAACUCUGUACCUGUAAAAAUACUGUACAAUAACAACGUAUCUGUACUCUGUACCUGUAAAAAUAUUGUACAAUAAAGAUAACUACAUAUCAUGAUCUGUACUCACAUACAUUUGCAAAAUGGAUUUUCAAAUCCCUUCUUCCUCUCCAAAGAAUGGGAAGCAUCAUGGUGGAGAUUCAUCGCUAAUGCAGCAAGGGAGCGAAGAGAAUCAGGGGGAGGAGGACGAUGUGGAUGCCAUCGUAGGAGGAGAAAAGAA